GGAGAAGAGGACAAAGAUACUCAGAGAGAAAAAGUAAAGGAACGAAGAAGGAGACUGGAGAGACCAGGGUCCUUCCAGCUGACCAUAGCCGCAAAGCAGACUAGCCAGCCAGCUACAGUUGGAGUCAGAGUCCCAAAGACAUGGGUUUGUUAGAGUGCUGUGCAAGAUGUCUUGUAGGGGCGCCCUUUGCCUCCCUGGUGGCCACUGGAUUGUGUUUCUUUGGGGUGGCACUGUUCUGUGGCUGUGGACAUGAAGCCCUCACUGGUACAGAAAAACUAAUUGAGACCUAUUUCUCCAAAAACUACCAGGACUAUGAGUAUCUCAUCAAUGUGAUCCAUGCCUUCCAGUAUGUCAUCUAUGGAACUGCCUCUUUCUUCUUCCUUUAUGGGGCCCUCCUGCUGGCUGAGGGCUUCUACACCACGGGUGCAGUCAGGCAGAUCUUUGGCGACUACAAGACCACCAUCUGCGGCAAGGGCCUGAGCGCAACGUUUGUGGGCAUUACCUAUGCCCUGACCGUUGUGUGGCUCCUGGUGUUUGCCUGUUCUGCUGUGCCUGUGUACAUUUACUUCAACACCUGGACCACCUGCCAGUCUAUUGCCUCCCCCAGCAAGACCUCUGCCAGUAUAGGCAGCCUCUGUGCUGAUGCCAGAAUGUAUGGUGUUCUCCCAUGGAAUGCUUUCCCUGGCAAGGUGUGUGGCUCUAACCUUCUGUCCAUCUGCAAAACAGCUGAGUUCCAAAUGACCUUCCACCUGUUUAUUGCUGCGUUUGUGGGGGCUGCAGCCACACUGGUUUCGCUGCUUACCUUCAUGAUUGCUGCCACUUACAACUUUGCUGUCCUUAAACUCAUGGGCCGAGGCACCAAGUUCUGAUCGCCUGUAGAAACCUCCCUUUCUCUAAUAGCAAGGCUCUAACCACACAGCCUACAGUGCUGCGUCUCCCAUGUUAACUCUUUGCCUUUGCCACUGACUGGCCUUCUUACUUGAUGAGUGUAACAAGAAAGGAGAGUCUUGUGGUGAUUGAUGUCUCUCUGUGGACUCUCCACUCUUAUGUACCUCUUUUAGUCAUUUUGCUUCACAGCUGGUUCCUGCUAGAAAUGGGAAAUGCUUAAGAUGGUGACUCCCCAACUACAAGUCACAAAGAAAUGGAGGCUCUAAUUCAACUUUCAAGCAUCUCCUGAGGACCAGGGAGUGUUUUCUUCUCAAAGGGCACUUCCACUGAUGGAAACAAAGUGGAAAUAAAGAUGCUCAGGUAGAGAGAAGGAAUGUACCUGGCCCCAUUACCAUCUAUAGGGACCAAAUAUAUUCUCCUUGAUGUGCAAAACAGAGAACUCAUUCCUGUCUCCCUAUUACCACUGAAGAUAGAAGAAAAAAUAGAGAAUGCCAGUAAAACAAUAAGCGCAUUUGCCCAAAUCUACCUAUUGCAGCUGGGAGAAGGGGGUCAAAGCAAGGAUCUUUCACUCAUAGAAAGAGAGCACUGACCCCAAUGGUGAAGGACUAUUUAAGCCCUAACUCAGCCAACCUUACUUAUAGCAUAAGGGAGCGUAGUGUCUGUGUAGACAGAGGGGGUACCUGGCCUUACACUUCAUUAGAGAAAAGAAACAGGGUUUUGUCAACAUUUUCUCACCCCUUUCUCCUUGAGAACAGCUACUAUGACAACCCUGUGGUUUCCAAGGAGCUGAGAAUAGAGAAAAACUAACUCAGAUGAAAAAAGACCGGCUUAAGGAAUAGCAGUUGCUAGUGGUUAAUGGUGUAAACUGAGCCAGCCCUCUGGUAGACACAGGAUAGAUAACUCUUUGGAUAGCAUGUCUUUUUUCUGUUCAUUAGUUGUGUACUCUGGCCUCUGUCAUAUCUUCACAAUGGUGCUCUUCUCAUAGGGUAUUUUCCAUUCAGUCAUUGUAGGUAAUUUGAAGAUCUUGAUUUGUUUCAGAUCGAUUCACAUUUCACAUUUUUCAGUUUGUUUAUCACUUGGUUGGGGUUAUAUCAGAAAGGUCUGGAGAAUGAUUUUUUGAAUAUGAUUCUUUAACAAAUGAAAAUUGGACAUUAAACAUAACAAAUGAUAGGUAAAAUUGGCUAGUUCCAUACACCUACUGGAAUUUUCUAUAAAUUAUUCUGCCUUUUGCAGAAACAGAUUUGGUGAAUUUGAAUCUCAAUUUGAAUAACCUAUUAUUUUAAUCAUCAGCUGAUUGUUCUUUCUAGCUAGUUGGGGAUGAUUUGAUUUAGCAAUGUUACCUUGGCCUGUUAAAGAGUCAGAUUUAACAUACAUGUUAUUCUCUCCUGGUAUAGAUCACAUAAUUGAAUACUCCAGCUGUCAGCUAUUCAGUUGGCAAGCUUCCACAGAAAAGGAAAGGUGGAAAGAUUUUGAAACCUGAAUAGAUCCCAGGUUUCGGUCUUCUCUUUCUUGUUUAUGAACUUUGGGUUAAA